AAGGGCUAAGGUUUCUCGACUCUUCUCCUGCGCCUCCACCACAAAGCGCAAUCCUUAUAUUUGGAUCUUCGAGUCUGCUAUCCGUCGUCGUUGCAGCGUGUUUACUGUCGUCUUCGAGAUCGCUCUGUGUUAAUCUCAUCUGGGUUUCUUUUAAUUUCCAAAGGAGCAGGAGGGUUGAGCCAUGGCUACCAAUGCGAUGUUGGCGAACAGGAUGACGGCUGCCUCUUCCGUGGCUGUGGCGCCGGCCCCCGCGGCCGCGUCAUUGAAGUCGACUUCUCGUGUUGGUGGGUUCUUGAAAGGGCGCAAUAAUCUCGCUGGGAAGUCUAAGAGCCAGGUUUAUGGCCAAAGGAACAUGAAGGGGAGGCUCGCUGUGAGGGCUAACGCCAAGGAUAUUUGUUUCGGUCAGGACUCUCGUGCAGCAAUGCAGGCUGGAAUUGAUAAGCUGGCUGAUUCCGUAGGGGUUACCCUGGGUCCCCGAGGUCGCAAUGUUGUCCUGGAUGAGUUCGGUGCGCCCAAGGUGAUUAACGAUGGUGUGACUAUCGCACGGGCCAUAGAAUUGCCCAACGCUAUGGAGAAUGCAGGAGCUGCUCUAAUUCGGGAGGUUGCCAGUAGGACGAACGAUUCAGCCGGAGAUGGAACUACCACUGCCUGCGUCCUUGCUAGGGAGCUGAUUAAGAUGGGUCUCCUUAAUGUGACCUCCGGAGCCAACCCUAUAUCUGUCAAGAAGGGCAUUGACAAGACUAUUGCCGCCCUUGUGGAGGAGCUCCAGAAGAGGGCUGUGCCUGUAGAGGGCCGCGAAACCAUCAAAGCUGUGGCUUCAAUCUCUGCUGGAAACGAUGACCUCAUUGGUACCAUGAUUGCCGAUGCCAUCGAUAAGGUUGGACCUGAUGGUGUUCUGUCUAUUGAGUCAUCGUCUUCCUUCGAGACCACCGUAGAUGUGGAGGAGGGUAUGGAGAUUGACAGGGGCUACAUCUCCCCACAAUUUGUAACCAACCAAGAGAAACUCUUGGUCGAGUUCGCGAAUGCUAAGGUCUUGGUCACUGACCAGAAGCUCACUUCUAUCAAGGAAAUCAUUCCAGUUUUGGAGAAGACCACCCAAAUGAAUGUCCCCCUCUUUAUCGUUGCAGAAGAUAUUACCGGAGAGGCCCUUGCUACCCUUGUAGUGAACAAGUUGAGGGGUGUCGUUCAAGUGGCAGCUAUCAAGGCCCCUGGCUUUGGUGAGCGCCGCAAAGCUCUUCUUCAGGACAUUGCGAUCAUGACAGGUGCGGAGUUCAUUGCAACUGAUUUGGGCAUGAAGGUUGAAAACACUGAGGUUGACCAGCUCGGCAGUGCGAGGAAGAUCACUGUCAGAAAUACAAGCACCACUAUGAUUGCUGAUUCCGCCAGCAAGGACGAGAUCCAGGCUCGUAUUGCCCAAAUCAAGAAGGAGUUGGCUGAGACAGAUUCUGUAUACGACACGGAAAAGCUCUCUGAGCGUAUUGCCAAGCUUUCCGGUGGAGUUGCUGUCAUCAAGGUCGGAGCUGCCACUGAAACCGAACUCGAAGACAGGAAGCUGAGAAUCGAGGAUGCUAAGAACGCAACCUUCGCUGCCAUUGAGGAAGGUAUUGUCCCCGGUGGAGGCGCUGCAUUGGUGCACUUGUCCGCGAUGGUGCCAUCUAUCAAAGACACUCUAGAAGAUCCGGAGGAGAAGAUCGGAGCGGACAUUGUGCAAAGGGCCUUGAGCGCACCAGCCAAUCUGAUUGCCCACAACGCUGGAGUGGAAGGUGCAGUAGUGGUGGAGAAGAUCUUUGAUAGCGAAUGGGCCAUGGGCUACAACGCCAUGACCGACAAGUACGAGAAUCUUCUGGAAGCUGGAGUCAUUGACCCUGCUAAGGUCACUCGAUGUGCUCUCCAGAACGCUGCAUCUGUUGCAGGUAUGGUGUUAACCACUCAGGCUAUUGUCUGUGACAAGCCAGAGAAGAAGUCUGCCAUGGCUAUGGCACCACAGACUGGAAUGACCAUGUAGACCCGUGAUCAAGGGUUAAGCUUAUUGAGGUACUGUAGUAUGCACUGAUUUCCCCAUUUUUAGGUCAUUUUUAGUAAGGUACUUAACACGACACGGAUUUUCCUUUGUAAUGAGAAUCUGUGCUUGAUAGGAAUGUCUUGUCAAAUUGUAGCAUCAACACAUAGGAAACACAUGUAGUUGCGGGAAACUGGUCUUAGUACCAAGCUUUUCGUAAGAGUUCCACAAUUGCAAUACAAUUUACAUCGGCCUGCCAGCAGGGCUUGUCUCUGAAAAGAUGAUAA